AUGAUGCUCAGUAGUCACAUCACUAACACCAGUAAUAACAUCCCACAAAGGCAACAACACCAACACCAACACCAACAGCACGCGCACCAAGGAGGAGCCAAUAACCUCGACUCCCGUCAGUCAACUGGACGAUACGACUCUGCGCCACCAGAUAUCAGGACCUCUGAGAAGCACUCCAUCGUGAUAUCGUCCGAGGACGAAGACAACACUAGCGAAAACAUUGCCCGUUCCAGCAACCCACAUAAGCGACCCAUGUGGCGGACAAUACAGCGCAAAUGGACCUCUUCACCGCAUGACCGAUAUGAUACCUUCACGGUCAUGACGUACAAUCUGUUGUCCAAAAAACUGGCCCUGAAGAACCAGCAACUCUAUAACAGAGAGCACUAUGUCGGUUUCUUUCAACCUGCCUUUCAGGAAUGGGGAUACAGUGGUGUCUUCAAGAAACGAAAUGGCAACAAACCAGAUGGAUGUGCCAUCUUCUUUCGGAACAAGACCGUCAAGGCCGUCAAGCUGCUUGGGGUCAACUUUGAUGAGAACUCGUUCAAGAGGAAGGAGAACAUCGGGAUCGUCGGGAUAUUCGACAUCAAACAUCUUUUGUGCGGCGACUUCAAUGCCCUCCCUUACAGCACCGUCAUACGGUAUCUGACGGAUGAGAGUAUCGAUGUGUCAGCGUUGCCAGAGUCGCUCCUGUCAGGUCAACUACCAUUUCACACUUCUCACAAGUUAGGCAGACCUCCCUAUGAGAACAGGCUCACCGAAUUCCACAGGGCAUUCCCCGACAAUGGCCACGGUUUCUCGCCCACUUCAAAAGCUGUUCUGGCCGCAUCACCCACCAAGACCAACACAGAUUCGACGGCUGCAACAGUAACCGCAACAAGGACAACCGCAACAGAGACUACAACAACAACACAGACUCAACCCCCCGCGCUGUCGUGGAGUGCUUCAAGUUUACGGUCACUAAUCAGGAAGUCGAGGAGUGAGUGGAACGAGUCAACAGAGUCUACCACCAACACCUCCACUGCAGCCAUCCCCAGUUCAUCCACGAGCGCGAAUUCAACCGACACCAAGGCUGCAAACACACAUAUCGUUUUCAAUAGUGAUGGAAGCAGCAAAACCACCACCACUACCACCACUACAUUGACCAGUCAUGCCUCUCGGCCAGGCAGUUUGAUCUGUCAACCAUUCGCCCUGAAAUCAGCAUACCCCUUCUUUCCGCAAGAAGAGGCCGCACGGGCGCUUGGGAGCAACCGUUCACCAAAGGGCGGGCCGUGGACAACAUUCCACUCGGGAGGCCAGCUUGUCUGUGACUACAUCUUUCACGGGCAGCUUCGAGUUCCUGUGAUAUCAACUGGGGCCAAUCCGUCGCUUUCUCAUUCAAGCUCCACCUCCACUGCCGCGAUUCCACAAAAGCUUCAGGUCGAUGGGAUCUUGGAGUUACCGUGCGCCGAUCUGAUUAAAAAGGGCACUAAAAGUCUGCCUUGCCCUGAGUUCGGAUCAGACCACCUCUCCUUGGUGGCUAGGUUCAAGUUCGUUUGA